AUGAAACCGUCUAUGCAAGCUAGAGAUGUGGCUUCCGAGAACGCUAUGGCACUAACGAUGCUGAACUGCGACGAUGAAGCCAAGGAGAAACUGAUGGAUGCUCUUCGACGUAGAAGCGAUGGAGAAUUGACUGGUGAGAACGCUGUCGUACUCGUGAUUCUCAGCCACUAUCAUGAUGGCAAGGAAUACCUUGCGAAGAUGGAUCGCCUACCAACAGAGAUCAUCCUGGCCAUCCUCCACAAAAUUCCCAACGCCCGAGACCGACUGAACCUAGUCCAGAUAUGUCGGCGCUGGCGUGCCUCAUUGCUGGGAACCGCUUUCUGCUCGACUCACCUCGAAUGGCCUGAGCUUCGGUGUCUAGUCGUGGCGGCCCUUGCCAAUCCGGGUAUCAGGUUCUCCAUCCGCGAGAUCUCGAUAAACAAUGGUGCAAAGAAAGGUGCACUGGCCCCAUUAGGCCCAGCAGUUCAGGAUCUUAUAGACCUCAUCAGCGAGUCGCCCGUAGAGUAUGAUGCAUGGCGCAAAAACCUAUCCAGUGACCAGGGUGAAGUGUGGAUUGCUCUUGCCAUGGCUAUUCUCCCCAAUCUUGCCACAAUCUCAGCCCAGCAUAGCUACCCUGGAGGCUGGAUCACCCGGAUCAUUUCGAAGGCCGCGUGGAAGCAAUUUCCUUUUGAUUGCAACACUCUCCCAGCCUUGCAGCGGUUAGAAAAACUCGAGCUUUCCUGGCGUUACCUUUCCACUGUGUUGAGUCACCGCGACUACCUUCCCUUAUUUCACUUGCCUUCCCUGCGCACCUUACGACUCGGGCCAGUACAGGAGCUUCAUUCGACCCACAGUGCCGCAGACCAUCCGGCCUUCUUUCCAGUUCCAGCUACCUCGCCGGUUGAAGAGCUAACCUUGGACUUCUUUUGUAACGGAAGAUAUGGGAUGGACGAUUUUGUCACCUCCUGUGCCAACCUUAAGCGCUUUGUAUACCAGCAUACGAACGACAUUAUCUGGGUUUCGCGCCAGGACGAGGAGGAUUGCAUGGGGGUUGACGCUAGCUUUCGGCCUUGGUGCUUCCACGAGGCGCUCCAAACCCAGAAGCACAGCCUAGAGGUGCUCCACCUGAAUGAUCUCGGAGAUGCAUCCACCCCUCGACCAACUCAUCUCUACAAGGAAAAUGUUGACCCAAUCUCCCAUGAUCGGUGGUUCGGGUCGCUGGCGGAUUUUUCCAAGCUGCGGGAGCUACGGAUUCGCGCCAGCAACCUUCUCAAUCUCCACCCUAAGGAGACAGAGGAUAUGGUCUGGCUUGGAGAUAUGCUGCCUAAGAGCUUGAGAGUUUUACAUCUAGCAGACUGUAAUAUUAACAAUUGUGCUGUAUUGGUCACCCACCUCGAGGAUCUUCUUACUCGGCGUGAGGAACAGUUUCCAAACCUACAGUCCCUGCUCGUCUCUCCUGAGCGGGAGGAACCACACGGAACCAGUGUUCGUAUCAGGGAGGCCUUCAGGAAGCAAUGGACGACCCUUCAGGUGAUGUGUGACCGGGUUGGCGUCCGGCUCUCUCUUGGGGCCGGGGAAAAGAUGAACACAGAUCAGAAGCACUGGUCUCCCGGAAGAAUUGUGGAUGAGGCUUUGUUAAAUUAA